AUGGCAGACUUGUCCAUGCACUCUGAAGGAUGCAAUAUUCGACACACAAAUGUUCCACAACAACAACAGCAACAACACACAUCUGACGAAAGCACGCCAAGUAGUUACAACUCCAUAGAUGAAAACAGAAAUAUGCUUAAAAAUCUAGCGGGAGUAAUUGCGAUUAAUGCAGGUAAUGUGCGCGCAUCUGGCUUAAAAAUGGAGGAGCUGAUAUCGACGUUUGGUACAACCAAAGACACCUUGGGACUUGUCUUAGCAUGGGGGUGCACUCUUGUAUACUGCAGUUCAAGGUGUCCUCAGUUGUACAAGAACUACAAACGGAAAUCCGUCGAGGGGAUAUCUCCUCUAUUGUUUGGCUCUGCAUUAGUGGGGAAUUUGACAUAUACACUUUCAAUUUUGACCAGUUGUUCGUUUGUGGUAGGUCACCAACGGGCCCAACUUAUGUACCAAGAAUUACCGUAUAUAUUGGGCAGUUCAGGUACAAUAAUAUUUGAUCUUGUUUAUUUUUACCAAAAACGAUUAUACAAAGAUAAACGAACUCAAACCACGGUGAUGAGGCUACAACGCUGGAGCGAAAUAGAGCACGUUAAUGAAAAUACAGGAGAAAACGCACAUACCAUCAGCACGACCGUAUCUAGCACUUCAAUACGAUAUAAUCUGUUCCACCCCCAACAGCAGCAACUGCCCCUACGGCAACCAGAGAUUGAGCCUAGUGAAGCCCCGGACUGUAUACUAGAAGAACGGAUACGCUCCGUGAACUUAAUUGAUAAAACAGAUCACCAGAUCGUACCCACUUUGGCUACGGCUACUGCAUUGCCCCAUCCACUUUCCGCUUUAAGUCGAGAUGGAAUUCUUAAAUUGAGCAAAGAGGAACUAGCGCGUUUGAGUGCCAUACCAUGCGAAUUAUCCAAUGAUGAGGAAGAAACAAUAAGCAAGAAGUUUGUCAGCAUUUUUACAGAUCUUGUCGAAUCUGAUACUCGAUCGGUGAGCAUGAUCUAUUCCUCAUUAUCUAAUAGCAAAUUGAAGGAGACAAUUACCAAAGAAGCGUUGGAAGCGUUGGAAAAUAACGGCAUUGCCUCGUCGAUAAUAAGAUUUAUUUUGAAUCCUGUGAACAAGUACACCAGAGACUUGUUUGUGAGGAAUCUUAACUCGAUUAUAAAGACGCAAGAUAUGGAUAUUGAAGAUAAACGUCGUAUCCUUCUGUCAUAUUUAUACAACAUAUCCAAAACAGCAAUGAUCAACUCUCGUCCUAUUGUUCUAAAUGACGAAAUUUUCCGGCAAUUACUAGAAAUUAUAGGAGCCGCAGAUUUGUUUGCAUACCUAGUUCAUAUCAACAUGCGCCCGCUGACAUAUCUGCUUGUGAAGGAACUACGUGCUAAGCUAUUGCAUGGUAACGCAAAAACUAAAUUCAUAGCACAGACGGGAUUUUUGAAGCCUCUGCAAUACGAUUUAAAUCGGUCAACAUUCACUACAACGCACACUACAAGAGUGGUUGAGUUUUUCACAUUGGACGAAUUUAGUAAUAUAACUGUAAGUUUAGCGCAUAAAAACGAGCCUGCUCUUACUAUGUGGUCUUUGAACUGUAUGCUUACGAAGUUUCCAAAAGAGUGCGAGGCGUUAUCGGUAAGGUCCAACUACCGACUUAUGCGGCGUAAUCUUUUCCAGAUGCUCAAUACAGUUUGCCAAGUGGUUUUGCGGUUUAAAAAUGUGCAUAGCGGUCUUCAAGUGUUAAAGUACAUGAAGAAACAAAAUUUUGAUAUCAAGUUUGGUACAUACAGGACCCUUUUGGCCCAGCUUCGAAAAUCGAGAAUGUUUGAUGAGUUCGCAACGGUAUUUAAUGGGAUGGACUUGAAAAAUCUUUCUUGUGAGAGAAAAGUGCUGAUUGCGAGUGAAAUCAUGCUUUUGAUUGAAUCUAAGUACCCCACAUCUCCCAAGGUAUUGAUUGGAUAUGUGGGAGCUCUUUACUCUGGCAAAGACGACAAAACAAACAGUUUGAACAUUUUGAACGAUUUGAAAAUAUUGAGUUUACCAUAUAGUCAUGUCCCCUUGAACAGAAUCUCGUCAGUCGGUAUGGUUCAAUUGGCCAAUGUGGAUGACAAUUUGAAAGGCUUGGAUUUAGACUGCUCGUGUUUGGCAUUGGUUUACGAUGUUUUAUUUCGUUCAAUGGGGGAAGCAACAGAUCUUGGUUCUUCAAUUAUAAUGGAAUAUUACGAAAUAUUUGAGAAUUACUUACAAAACUCGUAUAUCCAUGGAUUCAAUGACCGACCGGUUACAAUUUUUUUCAACCAUUUACUUCGCAAGGAGAACAGUACUCCUCUAUCUCGCGCACUGCUGAAUGCUUAUGAAUACGCGAAAAGGAUAUUUGAAUUCUAUGACAAGUUCAGGGUUUCGGGGGAAUUGAUUACAAUUGAUAAUUUGGAGUUGCUUAUCCGCUCUGCGUUGCUCCAUCACGAUGAUUAUGAGUUUGCUACUAGAGUGUUUGAAUUUCGAAAACAAAAGAAUCUACCGUCUACGUUCCGGCAAGUUUUCCCAUUUGUUAAAAAACAUUACCUAGAUUCGAACUACCCCGAGGCCAAGAAGUGGUUUACAUAUUUAACGAACCAAGGUAUCAAACCUAGCUGGAAUGAGAUGGACGAUUUAAAGCAAAUAAGUAAAGAUCUUAAGUUAGACUUUAAUGGGUCCAAAUUCAAAUCUAGUUAUUCAAAGAAACGAAUAAGUGACAGAAAUGCUUUACAGAGAUUAAGAGUAAAUUCUAUACCUUUUACAGAAGACACCGAGACAUUAUAG